AUGAGUGAUGGAAGAGGGAAUAUACUCCAAUUAAAUAUACAGAACAAGUGUGGAGAGAAAAACGAUUCACAAUGUAGAUGUGGUAGUGGUAUAUCCAACAUAAAAGCAAAAGAGGAGACUAGCAUUGAUGGUAUAACCAACUUUACCAAACGUACACACUAUCUUCAAAGUGGAGGUAGAAGUACAUUCAAGUUAAAUAGGAUACUUGCUAGUAAUGGAGGUCAGAUAGGAUCAGGAAAACCCAUAGAGGAUGUGGAAAGUGUUUCGGUAUACUACUGGAGCAGCGCUCCUGGUACACUGAUCAUGCUAGGAAUUACUACAAAAGAUGUCAAGAAAAAUAAUACUAUUACUAAGUACUAUAGUAAAGGCACCAGUUUUUGGAUAAAUGGCCUACUAUCUGGUAAAAGUGAGCUAGGUGCACUUGAUCAACAGAACUGCCAAAACAACAAUGCAAUCCCCUUUAACAUACAGGACUCUCAGACAGGUUCUAUUCCCAAUGACUCAAAUUCCAGUUGCAUAAAUACUAGAAGGAUAAACUCUACUACCUCUCCUCCACCUCCUGGUAGUAACUAUACUGUGAAAGCAUAUCUCAUUAAAGGUAUUAAUGGUGGUGAUCUUGACACAAAGAUAUCAAGAGUUACCUAUAAGAACAACCCUACUGAUAUUUCUACUCCUGGUGAAGCAGUUGAGAAAAUCAGACUAUAUUCAUAUCAGGGUAGUGGAUUAGUACCUCUUAUGAUUGAAUUUGUGCUCAAGGAUGGAAGUGGCUCCAAGUGGUAUGAGGGUAAAGAUCAGGAUGGUAGAAGCUGGAUAGAGGUUGGAGGGAGUAAAUCAGAUAACUUUUAUAUCGGUAACGAUAACUCUAUUCCAACAUCUGUUCUUUCAGAAAAACUAGACGAGAUAUUAUGCAAACGGUACAACAAUGUUACCUUGAAUCUAUCUCAUACCAACACUUCUGGGAAAUAUUGUUGUGAAGAACAUGGAGGUACUAAGGGUGCAGGGAAAGUAACUGUUAGCGAAGGAUCACUUAAAGUUAAGGGUGAGGACAAUCCUUCUACUAAGUACCAUAAGCACACCAUUUCUAGUGGAAGCCUGGGUGGUAUCUACUACACAGAUGAAGGUAGAGCUAGGAGGAAAGUAGAGCUUUCAGGGUCACCAUUUCCAAUAUCAGGCAUACAAAGUGUGUAUACGUUUUACUGUCAGAUGAAGAAUCCGGUGUUGAUCUAUCUUUGUGGAAAAUCUCCAUAUAAAGGUUGGUAUAAGAAAGGUGUUGGUGAUCAGUGGACAUGGAUAGGUGGUAUCCACAAUAUAAAACCAGAUAGUUUUAACAACCUUGAUUGUAGACAAUGGAUGAAACUAAGGAUAGUACUGGAAGGUUGCAGCUGUACUGGGUUAUCAGAAUGUUCUACACCUGGUAAAUCCUCAGAACAACUAAAACGAGAACUAGAAAAGGAAAUGCAAGAAGAAGAAAAGAUAGCGGAGGAGGAACGAGGGAAGGAAAUAGAAGAAUCUAAGAAGCUAUCCGCCUCAGGCCCUGGCCAUGCUUCUGUCUCUGGACCACCUUCGAAUGCUGGAUCUCUUCAAGGUAGUGAAAGCUCUGAAAGUGGUGGUAGUAGUGGAGUAGGAUCAGGAUCUCCUAGUAGAAGUUCUACCUCAUCUCCAACAGGUGAUGCUGGACCUCAAGGACCUACUGGUAGUGAAGUUGGAGCUGAAAGAGACUCUGGUGGAACUAGUCAAUCUGGUGAUGGUGCUGGAAAAACCGUCUCUGAACAAAUACAAAAUCCUGUUUCUCCAUCUCCUAAAACUCAACAACAUGACUCAUCUGGCCAGGUUACUACAACUCAAGGUGGUGGAGGAUCACACUCUGCCAGUAACAAGCCUAUUUUAUCCUCACCUAAAGGAUCACCUGGCUUAUCUACUCCUGCUGUUGGUCCGGGUAGAGCUGGAGUAGGAGUCACCAUAAAGCUGGACAGUAGAGAUUAUUACAAAAGUGAUCUCACAGGUGGAGAUACGAUUAAUGUUAUUCCUUAUACUGACCCUCCUAGUCCAGAUGGAUACGAUGCUCACGAACACGUUAUUGGGAAGAACCUUAAAAUAAACAAGUUUACAAUUGGAGGUAAGAAGCAGAUAUUUUUGCCAGGAGUUACAUCUGCACAGGAUCUAAAGAAAGUUGUCGUAUAUUUUUUCAUUUGUGGUAAUAGUGGUAUACCUUUACUACUCUAUUUUAAAGAUAAAGAUGGAAGGAAAUGGUAUGAAAACAAGGGAUAUGGAAUAUGGCAGAUUUCUGGUCAGCUAAGUAAGUCUCCAAGCAGGUCCAAGGGCCUAGAGAUCAUCUUAAAGAGUAUCACAAAGAGUCUGGGACUUUAUUGUAAGGGAAAUAAAAAGACUGGGGCGAAUAUAUUACAACGUAGAGUUGGGCAUUCACAACACAUAAAGAGCACUAUCCCUCCACCUAUCUCACCCAAGCAAUUACAAAACUUUGUACAAGACCCACAGGCUUAUAAUGGUAUUCUUGAUCCUCAACUUCAGGAAACUAGUGGCUCAUCUCCCCAAGCUACUCCUACUCUUCCUCCUCCUGCUGGAUCUUCUGAUCCUGCUACUCCUGCUUCUACUACUGUUUCUGCUAAAGACCCUGCUGUUACUAGUCCACCUGCUUCUCCACCUCCUGAAGGAUCUCCCGUUUCUCAACAAUCUGAAGCUGGUAGUGUUCCUGUUGAUACUAGUAAAGAUGGUGAAGAUGGUAGUACUGAAGAACCUGAAUCUCCUCCUCUAACUGAAGUUUCUGCUUCUACUACUACUCCUGCUGAAGCUCCUAAAGCUGCUUCUGCUCCUAUUCCACCUCCUGAAGGAGAUAAUCCUGAAACUGCUAGAUUUCUUGGUUUUAUUCCUGCUACAGCUGCUGGCAUAGGAUCAGCCUUUGGUGUCUCCUCUGGUACCCUUGCCGGAAGUGCUGCAACAUUCUUUGGAGGAUGGAAGCUUUAUAAUCGCUAUAAAGGAGAUCCUUGGGUUAGACAGAUUUAA